AUAACGGCUUCUUCUUCUUCUUCUGCUGCCUCGUUUUUUAUAUCUCCACUAUGCUAUCAUUUCGAGGAAGAAGAGAUCAGAUGAAGAAGCAGACGAUUUCAAAAAAUGAAACUUUCCGAUUAUUUGGUUCCGCUGAUUCUUCUGCUAGAUCUUCGUGUCAGUGAAUGCCGAACCCUGCGCCGUUGGAGUCACCGAAGGAUCACCUGGUCAUUUUCUGAUCCCUUCCGGCUUCUGACUGCCCAUCAGUUCCAGGGAGUCAGGUUAACCGUACAAGAAGCCGUCGCACGAUGGGCGAUCGCUUUGGAAGGGCUCGUCGAGUUCGAGGAGGUUCCUGUGGUGGAUGCAGCCGAUAUUACGGUGCUUUUCGCGAAAAAGAAUCAUUCUUGCUACGAGGAAUUCGACGGAAAAGGCGGUGUGGUGGCUCAUUCAAUGUAUCCACCAUAUGGUGUUCUACACUUGGAUGGGGAUGAGGAAUGGCACACGAGGAGAUGGGAAGAAGACGGCGAGGCGUCGAAAUAUAUCGAUUUGAGAUUGGUUCUUAUUCACGAAAUUGGUCAUACAUUAGGGCUGAGGCAUUCCAGAAGGAAAACGUCAGUGAUGAGGAAGCAUUAUGAAAAACCAGCAAAAAUCGGAAAAAUUCAAUUGUCAAAAUACGAUAUUCGAGCAAUUCGGAAGCUGUAUGGACAAUAA